AUGUCGUCCGUGAGGUCUUUCCCCUCCAUCAAGGAGAUCCGGACAUUCGUUAUCGGCGGUGUCGGCUCUGGCGGUGAUUAUCACAACGUCAAGGGUGGUCACUGGCUCAUUGACAGCCCCAUCUCCACCCCGUGCUCGCGAUGGGAGCAGUACCGAAACUCUAGAACGAGCUGGGGCAUCAACGUGCUGGGCUCGUUCCUCGUUGAGAUUGAGGCGACUGACGGCACCGUCGGUCUUGCCACUGGAUUUGGAGGCCCCCCGGCUUGCUGGCUCGUCCACCAACAUUUCGAACGUUUCCUCCUCGGCGCUGACCCGCGCAACACCAACCUGUUGUUCGAGCAGAUGUACAGAGGCUCCAUGUUCUACGGCCGCAAGGGUCUCCCUCUAGCCGUCAUCUCCGUCAUCGAUCUCGCCAUCUGGGACUUGCUUGGCAAGCUGAGGAACGAGCCCGUAUACAGGCUGAUUGGCGGUGCCACAAAGGAGCGCCUGAACUUCUACUGCACUGGUCCUGAGCCUACCGCGGCCAAGGAGAUGGGCUUCUGGGGCGGCAAGGUUCCCCUUCCCUACUGCCCGGAGGACGGCCAUGUUGGUCUGAAGAAGAACGUUGAGUUUCUGCGCAAGCACCGCGAGAGUGUCGGUCCCGACUUCCCCAUCAUGGUCGACUGCUAUAUGAGUCUCAAUGUGCCGUACACGAUUGAGAUCGUCAAGGCCUGCGAGGACCUCAACAUCAACUGGUGGGAGGAGUGUCUGUCGCCCGACGACACGGACGGCUUUGAGCAGAUCAAGCGUGCUCACCCAACGAUCAAGUUCACGACGGGUGAGCAUGAGUACUCCCGUUUCGGUUUCCGCAAGCUCAUCGAGGGUCGCAACCUGGACAUCAUCCAGCCGGACGUAAUGUGGCUCGGUGGUCUCACGGAGCUCCUUAAGGUGUCAGCGAUGGCCUCGGCAUAUGACAUUCCCGUCGUGCCGCACGCCAGUGGCCCGUACAGCUACCACUUUGUCAUUUCGCAGCCCAACACGCCAUUCCAGGAGUAUCUCGCCAACUCUCCCGACGGCAAGAGCGUGCUGCCCGUCUUCGGUGAUUUGUUCCUCGACGAGCCCAUCCCCACCAAGGGUUACCUUACGACUGCGGAUCUCGACAAGCCUGGUUUCGGUCUGACGCUCAACCCGGCAGUGAGGUCAAAGCUCAUCUCGGGCAGGUCGCUGCUCAGCAUUAGUCCCGAACGGCCGCUCAAGUCGGCGGAGGAGACGGAGACGAACGGAACGAACGGCAUCGUGCACGAUGUGACGGCCAAGGUGCAAGAGCUUACGACUUCUUCGAAAUAG